CGGAUUCAAGCGGCGGGCGCGCAGCGGAGCCGCCGUUGUGCCGCUGCCGCGUCCCCGUCAUUGCUGUGUCCUGCCAUCGCCGCCGCCAUGGAGACCAUGACCUUCCCCCGCUACAGCCCCGACGACAUCAUCAGCUACCUCCGCUCGCACAUCCUGGAGGGCGCCGAGGCCCGCAACCUGGUCAAGGGCGACGUGUUCGGCAGCCCCAGGCUUGAGGUUUUACACCUGAUUUACCUGAGAAUCCUGCAGAAAGUGUGUGGGAUCCGGCUGGAGCACGCCUACAUGAUGCCCCUCAACGUUGACAUAAUGUACCCCCAGAUCCAUGAAGGCUUUCUGCCUGUCUGUAACUUGUACAUUCACAUGGAGCGCUUGCUGCCCAUGUGCCGGAUUAGUGACUUCCAAAUUGCUGAUGUUUUAAACCCAAAGACCAAGAGGACUGUUCGCUUCUUGAGUGGCAUCCUCAACUUUGUGAACUUCAGGGAGUUCCGGCGUGAGGUCUACCUGGAGCUACAACAGAGCUAUAAAUUAGCUAUGGAGAAAAACCAACACCUGGAGGCUGUGAAUCAGGAGGCUGCACUGAAGCUGGAGAAACUGAACACAGUCCCAGUUGAACACGAGGCAGAGAUCAAGCAGCUCACAGAGAGCAUUCGGGAGCUGGAGCAGCUGCUGAGGCAGGACUAUCGUCGGAAACAAACAGCUUUGCAAGAAGUGACUUCUCAAAAGAAGACAGAUAUUGCUGAGAGAACCCAAAAACUGAAUGAGUGUAAAGUGUCUCUGGCUACUUUGAAAGAAGAACAAGAGCAGCUGAAAUCCAAAAUUGUGGAGAGUCCAGAAGAACGGAAAAGUUACAACGAGAUGAUGAAAGAGACUAUUAAGAAACUGAAAAGAUCUAAGCAAGAAGUUACUGAGAAAUAUGAAGGUUAUAGAGAUGUAGUCGAGGUUCUGCCAUCAUGCCAAGUGGAAUUGCAGUUAUACCAAAAGAAGAUGGAAAUACAGGGAGAAAAUGUGGAGAGACUGGCCAGUGUCUCAUCAGAGGCCAGAAAUCUGGAGGACCAACUUGAGAGUGCUCAGGUAGAGCUGAAAAAGGCCAAGACAGAUGAAAUGUCCCUGAAGAGAGUGGUCACUGCAAAACAUGAGAAGCUUGCCACAGCUGAGAUCCAGCUUAAAAAGAUGCGUGAAGACAUUGAGCAGCACAAGUGCACUGUGCUCGAACAUUUUAACAAAGUCCAGGAGAAGAGGGGUGCUGUGUAUGACAAAGUUAUGGCCAUUCGCAAGGAAAUCAAACAGAAAAAGGACAAAAUUGAGCAGCUGAAGGACGAUGCUGAAGAAAAAGCAACAAAAGCCAAGGAAAUACACCUAAUUUUGAAGGCUGUAUUGGACAAGUGUCAUGAAUCUCUCCUUAAGGCAGUAAAGACUUCUGCAGCCUCAAGAGCAGAAAAAAUUGAUGAAAUAAGGGAAGGGCUGUUCAGCAUUCAAUCUUCUGUAAAUGCUUCUUAAGCCUGUCUGAACUUGUGUUCUACUUUUCAUUGUGUUCGUGCUCAUACCUGAACUCGAGAGCUUCUGCUUUGCAGGGGAGGGAUAAUAAUUGCAGGCAAAUCCAGCUUUCUCCAAAACCAUGUCAGAACAUGUUUAGCUUUCCAGGCUGAUCCUGAUGUCAUGAGCUUGCUGAUGAUGUGGAUAAGAAAACACUCAGUUUCUGGUGUUUCAAUCUGCAUCUGGUUUUAGUGGUGAUAUUGCAAGCCUUGCUAUCACCAAACUGCUCAACAUUUUAGACAGAACCCUGCAUUUGUAGAAACUGUUCUGCAAACUUUGAUCUGGGAACUCCUGCUGCCUUGGUCUGGCUUGAAUGUUCAAGAUAAGUCAGGAACAGGUGAUGCUCCACCACCAUUAUUCAAUCAAGAUGAAAUCCUGACAAAGCAGUAGCAUCCACCUAAAUGCCAAGUUGCUCUCAUCAUAAAUAUUUCUAACUGUAAAUACUCAAAUACCAUUUAAAUAUCAUUUUAGUUAACAUUACACUCCCUGUCAAUGCUUGAACUCAUUGUGUCUGCUUUGUGGGGUAUUGAACCCUCAUCUGUGUUCAUCAGUCUGUGUUAGGAUGCUGUUAAAUGUAGAUUGAUGUUUUCUACCUUAACUUGUGAGUGGUUUUCAUUAUUUGGAAAAAAAUAAAGUGUUAAUUUUUACGCUAGUUGAUAUAAAGAUAUUUAAACCUUUUUCUCUUGGGUCUUUCCACUCCCCUAACUGACUUUGCAUAAGAUUUCAGUUGAAUAAUGUUGCUGUGCACAUUUGUAGGAAUGUGUGCUAUGAGCAGUCUCUUGUGAUGAAAGGAGGAGGAUGAUUCAAGCCAUCUUUCAAAUUUUAAUUCUUCAUCUCUCACCAGCUAGCAAGUCAGUCAGGAAGAGCAGGUGCUUGUUCCUUCUAGAGCUCUUUUGAAGGCAUCAGACCCUUCUAAAGUUUUGCUUUAAGCCUUUUUUUUUUCAACUGUAACAGAAUUGUUUAAUUUGAAAAAGCUCUCUAAGAUGAAGUGCAGCCAUUAACCCAGCCCUGCCCCCUCCACCACUAAGCCCUUGUCCCCAAGUGCCACCAGUGGACUUUGGAAUAUUGCAGUUGUAUUUCCUUCUUUACAAAGACUGGCUGGGGAAAGAGAUUCCCAAAAACUUCCAACAUCCUGCAGGGGAUUAUUCCAAUCAGCAGGCCAAGAUUCUUAGGCUACAGAGAUGAUGCUUGUGUAUCCCAGUGAUGAGGAAUUUGCAGGACAAAGAAAAAGUUGGAGUCUGGUUCCUGCUCUCAGAGAUUUUGGGUAAAAUAAAAGGCUGCAAUUCAUGAAGAAACAAAAACCUGGAAAUCAAGUUUUCCUAUUUCCAAUAGGUUCUUGUGCUUUCACUGCUGCUUUGUACCUAGAAUACUUACAAA